AGACGUUCACUUUUCACUCAGAUGAAAAAUGAAUUUUCUUCCUGAGUGAUUACAUAUCAUUAAUGAUGCUCUAGCUGCUGCCACUGGUCACUUGAACCAUGCCACCGCACGUAUCUACACGUCGAAAAAUUCAAUCAGAAAUGGGAAGUCGCAUUUCUUUCUGUUCUGUGAUUGGCUAAAUCAGUUUAAUUUUCAUUCUAUAUUCCUACUAAUGCGAAAUAAUAUCCACAGGCUAUUCCAAACGCUUUUAAAAAGAGCUGAAACGAACUGAAGGGAAGUUGUGGCAUAUCUCUCUGAGAGUUCAAUUCAAAGGUUAAGCAGCGCAAAGGUACAUCUUCAAUAUGCGUGAAUGCAUUUCUAUUCAUAUCGGUCAGGCUGGAUGUCAGAUGGGGAACGCUUGCUGGGAGCUGUACUGCUUGGAGCACGGGAUCCAGCCCGAUGGACUGAUGCCAAGUGAUCAGACUAUUGGGGGAGGAGACGAUUCAUUUAAUUCGUUUUUCAGCGAAACUGGAUCAGGAAACCACGUCCCAAGGGCAAUAUUUAUUGAUCUGGAGCCUACUGUAGUUGAUGAGAUUCGUACGGGCACAUACCGUCAGCUUUUCAAUCCUGAACAACUCUUCACAGGGAAAGAAGAUGCCGCCAAUAACUAUGCGCGAGGUCAUUACACAGUCGGCAAAGAGCAUGUCGAUCAAGUAUUAGAUAAAACCAGGACAUUGGCCGAUCAAUGCAGUGGUCUACAGGGUUUCUUAGUCUUUCACUCCUUUGGGGGAGGUACAGGAUCUGGUUUUACCUCCCUUCUCAUGGAGCGCCUUUCUGUCGAAUACGGCAAGAAAUCAAAGCUGCAAUUUUGUAUCUAUCCAGCUCCUCAAGUAUCCACAGCCGUAGUUGAGCCCUAUAACGCCAUUCUCACCACUCACACUUCCCUAGAACACACAGACUGCGCGUUUAUGGUUGAUAACGAGGCUAUUUAUGACAUUUGUCGUCGGAACCUCGACAUCGAGCGGCCAACGUACUCCAAUCUGAACCGUCUGAUUGGUCAGAUAGUGUCCUCAAUCACUGCCUCACUUCGCUUUGAAGGUGCAUUGAAUGUGGAUCUAAAUGAAUUUCAGACUAAUUUAGUGCCAUAUCCUCGGAUCCAUUUUCCCCUCGCAACCUAUGCUCCAGUCAUUUCUUCAGAGAAGGCGUAUCACGAGCAACUUAGCGUUGCUGAGAUCACAAGUGCCUGCUUUGAAUCAGCCAAUCAGAUGGUGAAAUGUGAUCCUCGUCUCGGCAAGUACAUGGCUUGUUGUUUGCUGUUUCGCGGCGAUGUAGUCCCUAAGGAUGUAAACGCGGCUAUUGCGAGCAUCAAGACAAAGCGCACGAUUCAGUUUGUGGACUGGUGUCCCACGGGAUUCAAGGUUGGAAUCAACUACCAGCCUCCCACAGUUGUCCCUGGUGGUGACCUGGCCAAGGUUCAGCGGGCUGUGUGCAUGUUGAGUAACACCACAGCUAUCGCGGAGGCCUGGGGCCGUCUGGAUCACAAGUUUGAUCUGAUGUACGCCAAGCGUGCGUUUGUCCACUGGUAUGUGGGUGAGGGUAUGGAGGAAGGAGAGUUCUCUGAGGCUCGCGAAGAUUUGGCUGCCUUAGAGAAGGAUUAUGAGGAAGUUAGCUUGGAUACCCCAACUGGAUUGGAAGAAGCCGAAGAAGAAGAGUUUUAAUCUGUAAAUGAAAACGUGUAUACUCUGCUGUCAAGAAAAAAAAAUUCAUUUUUGAUAGA